UUCACAAAACAGGAAUCGACGUUUCCGUGCUCGGUGCCGCCGUUUCCGUGCGACACGAAUCGUCGCUACCCCUUGCCGCUAUCGAUUCACAAACACAAACUCCGUUUGCUCGGUGCCGCCGUCGAUUCAGCUUAAAGGGUUUCAUAGAUCUCCAGGUUUUCUUAAGAUGGGAAACAAGCCCGUAAGUGUAAAGCAAGAGAAGGAAGAAAUACUUUUGAAGAUUGUGCCUCCUUUGGACCAUUCGUGCGUUCGUUGGCUUGCUCGUGAUCUUGAGAGGAUUCACAGAUUUACCCCAAGAAACCAUCGUGCAGUGAAGCCGCCAGAUGGUUAUAUCGAGUACAUGCGCUUGUACGGAUGGUUGGAUGUAGACCUGGAUGAUCCUGAUCUUGCCCAUUUAUUCAAGUAGAUGGUGAAAUAUGAAUGGUGGUGAAUGAGAAAGCUGAGUAUAGCAAAAUGUAAUAAUGUUCUCCCAGGGGAGAUUGACAAGGUCUUCAUGUGUGUUUUAGAGUGAGCUACACUAGCAGUAACAGUUCAAACUAGUAGUUUGGUAUAAUAAUGCUUUACUUGGUGUUGAGUAUGUUUUGUGAAGCAAGUCCCACCCACCUAUAGCCUGGAUAAUGUACAACAAAAGGCUACAGGGUCCAAGUUUUAUUGCUGCUGCUGGUGUUUGUUUGAACAGCAACAUUUUGUAUUCCAAUAUAUCUAUCCAUUUAUCUUGAAAGCAGGAUGACUUUUGAA